AUGGUUUCACUCCUCCAGCGCUUCGGCUUAUUGCGACUGAGUGUCCAGUUGUUUUCGACCACCAAUAACCCUUCCCUGAUGCCAGUGUGCGAGUAUAUGCAUCCUGAGUUACGCCUUCCACUAUGCAUCUUCUAUCUUGUCUUGCGGGGCUUAGAUACUAUCGAGGAUGACAUGUCAAUACCCAUCACUACCAAAGUACCUCUUCUCCGUGGGUUUGGCGACAUCCUGGACAUUGACGGUUGGACCUUCGACGGUAACCGACCAUCAGAGAAAGACCGGAACUUGAUGCUCAACUUUGAUAACGUGAUUUCUGAACUCAAGAGGCUGAACCCCAAAUAUCAGCUUAUCAUCAAGGGUGUAGCUGACAAAAUGGGUAAAGGGAUGGCAGAUUUCUGGGAAAAGGGAGACACGAAUGCAUUUCGGAUUGAGAGUAUCCAUGAUUAUGAUCUCUACUGCUACGAUGCUGCUGUCAGUGUUGGAGAAGGGGUCUCGCAAAUGUUGAUUGAAGCGGGCUUUGCAACAUCAGAAGUGAUGAAGCACGACAAAAGCGUGGCACUAUUUUUUCAGAGAGUAAACGCCAUCCAUGAUGUGAAAGAAGACUAUGAUGACAAUCGCCAGUUGUGGCCACGUGAAAUCUGGUCUAAAUACGUUGACACCUGGGACGACUUGUUCAAGCCGGCGAACAGACAGGCAGCGCUCAACUGCGCAUCCGAAAUGGUUCUUGAUGCGCUUGAACAUGCUGAAGGCUCUAUUCUGUUUUGUUCUGGUAUUACCGAGAGAUCUGCCUUCACUUGCACGGCUAUGACAGUUCUAAAAGCUGUCAUACUACUCCAACUUUGCCUUUGCGACGAGGCUCUAUUUUGCCACGAGAUUCCCAUACCAGAUCAGCAAAAGCUCGAACUGAAAUCUCUCCUUGUUUCAGAUUGCCGACAAUUCUAUAUUAUGUUCCGAAUCCAUAUUCAGUGUAUACGUCGGAAAGCCGAUGCGUCGAGUACACAGAGUCACAAUAUCUCUAAAGUGUGUGAAAAGAUUGAAAAACAAAUUGGAGAUAUACUCACAGGUCAUUGA